AUGUCUUACUAUGAUAUUGACUCCAUCUUGACGGAUGCACAGAAACUACCAUGUACAUUUGAGCUCGAAGUACCCGGACUGGGUAUUCUAGAGGGCAACGCGGGCGAAGAUAUCAAAGCCGGAACCCGGAUCGACCUUCCACUAUGGCUAGGUGAAAUGCUCUCGAUCGGAGCGCGUCUAGGAACGGCCCGCUUGGUUACGCUCGACAUGCCCGAGGCGCUCUCGGAGCGGGUGAUGAACGCACUGAAGGCCGAUCCCCGCACAGUUGACUUGCGCGCUUUAGCACCGCAUUUCUACAACCUUAGCGAGCGGAUUCUUGAACUCUUCGAGGAGGAAGAGAUGGUCGAUGUUCUCAGUGAUACAUUCAAAAAACGAGCGGCUGAGAUUGCCGACCAUGCACGCAACUCGCGUGGUGCGGUUGGUGGCGGAGUUGAGUUCCUUCGUGGACUGGAUGAGACUGAGCGACAAUUGUUCCGGGCUGCUCAUGACCGGGCCAAGGACAUGCGGAUCUGGUCAGGAGAGGCGAAACUCAUUAUGGAUGAGAAAACCCAAAGAAGGAGCUCGGCCGCUGGUCAGCUUGCUCCUUCAAACACUCGAAGUCCCGUAUAUCAUCCCAGCACUGCGCCCAAACGCAGUGUUUCCUCUAAAGACCACUCCUCUAACUUAUCAGACCGUCCUCAACAUCCAUCGCUUUCUCGCGUCAAAGGUCGAUCGAAUAUGUUUACUCCACCAAGAAUGAGUCCAGAGGUCUCAUGGCUAGGAGACCAAUCGCCUGUUCAACGGGGCGCAAGAACCCCAGUCCGCUCAUCCACAUCCGAAACCCCCGAACCUAGCACCCCUACUCUAGUAAACCCUGCCUCGGCUCUCCUGCAGGAUCUACUGAAAGAAGAACGCGCGCACCGAAGCUCCCGAGGAACCAUAUCGGAGGACUUUAAAGAAAAUGCUCCUCUCACUCCGGAGAACACUCGAACCCAGGAAGAACCUACCUCCGAGAAAGCCCGCAAAGCAAACGAUGUCUUCUCCGCUGGCCAGAGAAAACCGAAAGAGAUGGGCAUGCGGGAAAUGGACCAAUAUGUCUCCAAAAUGAACAAGCUGAAUUUCGAUUUGAAGCUCGAGGUCUUCCACCGCACACAACAGUUGGCUAUGUACGAGAAAAAGCUGGAAAGAAUGGCGGAGAUGGAAGAACAACUAGCGCACAUGGAUGAUUUGAUGGCGGAGGUGGAGGAGCUACGAACCACCGAGAAAGAGAACCAGACCCUACGUGAAUCUAACGAGCAACUCCGCAACGACCUUGACAAGCGAGACCUGGCGGUGACUGAAGCCGUCGAGCUCAUCUGCCAGUUGGAAUCGAAACUUGACCUGCUGGAGAACGGCCGGGGCUCCAGGCUGUCUAUGUCGCGCCCCAUGACCGCCGAUGGCUCUGAGGCCUUAGCUAAAGCCCAGGCCAUGAUCGAGAUCCCGGAGAGAACCUCUUCCAAGCGAAAUGCAAGUGUCUUGAACGUAGCUCAGAACCAGUCAUCUUCCGAGCUACGCAGACUCUCGAAAGCACCCUCCUUCCUACGAGCAGAUAACAAAAGUACUGCCACUUUGCGGAGCCUUUAUGCUCCUGAAGAAGAAACCCAGUCGCGCUCUGCAAGAACUGAACUUUCGAAAUCCGAGAGCUUCCACACAAACAACGAGAUGAUGGAGCCGGAAUCACCGAGACUGAGCGUCCUGAGUGAAUGCAGCGAGCUGAAUGCAUUCGACACGCCUAUGAUGUGGCAAGAAUUUGAUCAGCUGGAGAUCCCGGUCCGGAGACCGUCGUCGGUCGCAGGCAGCUUGGAUAGCUAUGUCACUCCCCGAGAGCGGGAAGAAAGCAGAAAAGACAAGAUUGACCGGUGGAUGCAGUCCCGCGAAGACGUAAGCGAGACCAUUAUCAACAGACGCAGGAACCGAGUAUCAUCCGAUGCUACCAAGGCGAGCGUUGCCAGUUUCUCACCAGAUCUAUACGCUUCUAAACCUCGUGGACGCGGACGACUGGACGGAUCUCUUUUCGGAGGCAUCCACCUUCCUCCCACCCCCGACACUAUGAGCACGGCAUAUGCUAUCGGUGCAAACCGAUCGAAUGGGUCCGAUGGGAGUAUUGCAGCCCGGAAGGGCUCCCAGACUGAGGAUUUGUUCUUCCCUGGCAGACGACUUAAUCGCCCACGUUCUGCUGGAGAGAUGGCCUGUCCCUACAGCUAUGGCAGUGACAUUGACGACAGCAUGCAAAACAACUGCAAUGAUACUCCGCGCCUAGGAGUCGCUGAUGAGUCUCGCACUAUCCUGCCCUCCUUCAACACAGUUUCCUCCAAAGCCAGCGCGCUCCUUGGGCCCGGAAGCCCCGACAACCCUGUUAUUGAAACCUUUGGGGAUUUAUACCACGCCAGUGCAAACGAAGGAUCCACUCAAACAAUCAAACGCGUCCGUAGCCCCGCCAAAGCUAAGACCCCAGAGCCGCACAGUGACAGCGACUCUUCACCACCACUCACACCUCAAGACUGGGUUGCCGCUGCAAAGCAUCCCCGGUCUCGCAGGCCCAGACCGCGCGACACCCGCCACGAAAUCCAACCCACAGAUCUAUCACCAGGCACUGUCAUCAGUCCAGCAUUUGAAGACGACAGCAGCCUCGCUUCAGGUUCAAGCGAGCUCGAAAUCACCGGUAUCCCAACUCUAGAUAUGAGCACUCUGGAUAUACUAGCGCGAGGCCUCGAACCCACCCAGCCAGGCCCCAAAGUCGAAGCCAAGCACGAGCAUCGUCGACGUCUCAGCUUCCUACCCCCAUUCUUCAACCGCUCGAGCUCCAACGCCCGCCAACUCCAAGGCUCCCCAGUCUUGAACGACUUCGAAGACGACUUCGACGACGGCGCUCCAUCCCCAGUAAUCCCCAAAACCAGGACAACAGGCGGCGCGCCCCGAAGACCAGCAUCCCAAAUAAUCACCGCUCCAACCGAGCUAUACCCCUCCAACCCCCCAAUCCACAUCGAAGAACCGCCCGCGGCCUUCAGACGCGGAUUCCCGCAAUCAGCAACAAUGUCCACACUAGCGGACCACGGCACCGAAACCCUCGCGCGCCCCUCCUCAUCCCAAGGCCCGGAACACAAGCGACGCAGCUCGCUAGGAAUAUUCGGCUGGAUGAAGAGCAAACGCUCUGAUUCCGGGCCCGGGACGGAGAAAUUCACGGACUCCACGUCCAAAGAGAACCGCGCUUCCUCGCGGCUAGCUUACGAAACGACUCAUGGGCUUGGAAUUCCUCAUGGAAACACGGACUCCAUGGAGACUCAUGUCAGACACCACUCCGAGAUGGGUAUUCAGUAUGAUGACUAUGCGAGACGGCCUCGUUAUAUGGGCCGUCGUACACGCAGGGGCUGA